GACGCGACUAUCCAUCAUGGCCGACCAAGAAGAUUCUCUCGAAAACCUUCUCAACAGAGCUACUAAUCCAGCUGUUAGAGAACUGGACAUGGAUCAUGUGAUGGCAUUUUGUGAACAAGUAAAUAAAGAGUUAGAAGGACCACAGAUAUCUGUUCGACUUCUGGCUCACAAAAUUCAGUCUCCACAAGAAAGAGAAGCAGAAUAUGCUUUAGCUACUUUAGAAGCAUGUGUUCGGAACUGUGGACAAUAUUUUCAUCAAGAGAUUGGAAAGUUUCGAUUCCUGAAUGAAGUGAUAAAAGUUAUUUCUCCAAAGUAUCUGGGAAAUCGAACUUCUGAAAAGAUCAAGAAAAAAUGUAUAGAAAUAUUAUAUAGUUGGAAGCUUGGUUUACCACAAGAGGCUAAAAUAGCUGAAGCCUAUAGUAUGUUAAAAAGUCAAGGUAUAGUUAAAGCAGAUCCAUCUUACAUCGACAAGCAAAUUACCUAUGCAGCACCAGCCAAACCUAGAAGAGCUGAUUUUGAAGAUGAAGAAAAGGCUAAGAUGCUAAAUCGUCUCUUAAAAAGUAAGAAUCCAGAGGAUUUACAGGCUGCCAACAGACUGAUCAAAAACAUGGUGAAGGAAGAUGUUAUAAAAUCUGAAAAGAUUUCAAAGAGAAUCAAUGAGUUACAAACAAUUGGUAAUAAUGUUCAGUUAUUACAAGAAAUGAUACAAAAUUAUAGUUCACAGAGUUCUGCAAGUGUUGAUAAAGAGAUGAUGAAGGAAUUAUAUGAAAGUUUAGAAAAAUUACGUCCAAAUCUGUUUCGACUGGCAAGUGAUACAGAUGAGAAAGAUAAUGAUGGAAUCAAUGAUAUAUUACAAGCUAAUGAUAGUGUAAUGAAGGUUAUGUCUCUCUAUAAAACAAAAGUUGAAGGAGUAAGAGAUGAACGAGCUGAUGUCUCUUCACUUUUGGACCUGAACAAUGACCCCUCCAAAUCAACACCUACCCAUACUGCCCAGAACACAUCCUCAGCAGCCAUGUUAGAAGAUCAGUUUGAAGCUUGGGGAAUUUCUGGAAGUAGUGAUGAUAAAGCAGCAAAUAGUAACAGUUCUGCAAUGAGUGAAUUAAAUGAUAUAUUUAAUAUGGCUGCCCAGCCACCUGCAGUUCCACCAACCAUUCCACAAACUACUGUGAAUACUAGUCAGUCAUUAUUUAAUACUAAUCCUACAUUAGCUAUGGGGAUGUUUUCUCCAUUAAAUCAACCGGCAAUGAUGGCACAUCAGCAACAAAAUCAACAACAGAGACCAGCAUUUGGUGCUCCAGUCCAAAAUCCAUCGAUGGGGCUGCAAAGAUUUCCAUCACCAUUUGCUUCUAUGAAUACAUCAACACAACUGUCCUCGCAACCUCAAAAAACAGAUCAACAGAAACCAGUGAUGCCGGAUUUAGAUAUGAUAGGUCAAAGUUUACUUCAACAAAAUUUGGGCAACAAAGAACUGACAACAACACAGAAAGGCGGAACCUCAAAUAUGACCCUCAACCAAUUAUCGAACUUAAAAACCACAACAUCGUCACAAUCUCAGCCUCAGCCAUCUUUGCUGGAUUUAUCAAACCCAGUUACUUCUUUUAGCGGAACAGCAACAACUAAUGGUCUUACUAUGGGUUCACCAUCUAAAACAGUUGAAAUACAACCUCUAACAGAUAUAUUUGUUCCACUAGAGUCAAUUAAACCAGGUGAACAUCAACCAGUUACAGUACUAGAUAAAAACAAUUUAAAAAUCCUCAUCCAUAUUGGAAAAGAUCGUCCUCGACCUGAUGUUUCAGUAAUGGUGAUAUCCACUCUUAGUACCAGUUCAAGUCCUAUUAGAAAUUAUGUUUUUCAAGCUGCAGUACCAAAGGUAAUGAAAGUUAAACUACAGCCACCAUCUGCUAAUACAUUACCAGCAUAUAAUCCUAUACUUCCUCCGACAGCCAUAACACAAAUUAUGUUACUAGCUAAUCCUAAAAAGGAAAAGGUCCGUUUAAAAUUCAAAUUAACAUAUUCCUCAGAUGAUCAAACUCAAACAGAAAUGGGUGAAGUGGAUACACUACCUAUACAAUAACAAUGAGAUGCAUAAAAUACCUAAUAUGUGUAAAUAAUGGAUAACUGGUUUUACAGCUGAAUGGAGUCGAGACUAGUUAAAUAAAUUUGUUUUAUUGUAGUCUGGUUUUGACAAAUCAGUAGUGUUGAAACUUUGCAGCUAAUUUUAUUUAGCAUUGAGAUAUUUGUCUGGGCUAUCUGAACAUAUCCUAACUAUUUGUUGGUAUUUUUACACUUAAUAUAUGACCAAUACAGUGAAUACAGUGAAUAAGCUAAAUGUUGAACAUAUCAUAUGAUCACGCGGUUGUUUGGUAAAAAAAAAAUGGGGCUGUGUGCAAAGAACAAUUUGACAAAAAUAUCUUUCUUAAUUCCCCUCAGUAUCUUUCUAAAACUUUAUUUAUAAGACUGAAAUUGCAAAGACAGGGGUAGGUUUAAAAUACUAAAACUAACUUGAGGAAAACUGUUACCUCAAUAACAAAAAUUUUAUAAAGAAACUCCAAGCCUCAUUUGCUAGAAAUCAAUGCUUUUAAAGUUAACCGCAUAUGAAAAAGCAGUGAUGAUAAGGUCCGUUUCAAAAUGACACAAAUAGUUAAGAUAGAAUCAACAGAUAGCAUGAAUAGUUAAAGUAGUUGACUAUCUGCGAGAUUGUAACAUGAACAUAUAUUUCGAUACAAGGUUCAACACGAGAUCAGAAGGUGAUUAUUGCUAACCGAAUAAAACUUUAUAACAACUUGUGUGGUAUUAUAAAUAUAGAAGGAUAUUAUAUAUAUUUUAAAGAUAAACUACAUUGUGAUAUAUAAUUACCAUGCAAGUUAUGUGAAUAUAGUAUAUAAGUGAUCAAACUGUAUAUAUACCAUGGAUGCCUGGAAUUGUCUUAAUAUAUGUCUUGCUGAAUCUUUUCUCUUUCUUCAAUAAACAUUUCAUCAUGUAAACUUGACAAGUAUUACUAUAGAACUAUUUUGUCAUUAAUUGUAUCUAUCUAAUACCAUGGAUCUUAUAGGUUUAUGUUAAUACUAGAUUAGUACGAUAUUAGACAAGAUGCUGUUCAUUUGGUACUAAGAGUAUUACAAUCAUAUUGUCACAUAAAUGUUAUGCACAUCAUGUUCUACAGUGUUUGAUUUUAAAUAUGGGCUGAUACAGAUAAUUACACAGGGUAUGCAUAGAAAAAAAAUAAUUUAAUGUUAAAAUUACAAGGCACAAUUCAAUAGUUAAUUUAUUCAGAGCAAAGCUAAUGCAUUUAUCAAGUCUUGAACUUUAUUAGGUGUUUUUUUUUCAUUUGGAAAAGCCAAGACGAUAGAAUCAUGAGUGAAACAUCUCUUUGAAUAAAUCUAGGUAGUCAUUAUCCAUAAAUUUGUGUUGUGUAAUGUUUUUGUCAUCUGUAAAAUGGCAUUUAAAGAAUUAUUUAAUAUUAUCUUUUUAAAUUAAUAUCAAAUAGACAAGACUACUGAUUAUUGAAAGAACAUGUUGAAAAUAUAUAACAUAAUGGACCCUUUAGUACAAAACUAUUACAAUACAGUAUACCAUGCUUAUACAGAAAUGACUGCUAAGGUUGAAAUCUGAUUUUUAUUGCAUGUUACUUUUUCUCUGUGUGAUAUACAAAAGCACCACAACACCAAAGUGUGAUCGACAUAUUAUAAUCAGACUGGUGUAUAUACACUAAUUGCUGUUUGAUGUCCUCUUGUUAUCAUGUUAUUCCUAACAUUGUUUAAAUGUGCUUUUAAUAUUGUUAUAUUAUGUUACAUGUAGCCUACAUGCAUUUUUUAAAAUCCCAGAGGAAAAAACCUUUUUGGAAAUGCCCUGAAAAAGUUAUAAUGUAAUGGUAUAGAAGUGACUUUGGUGGCAUGACGGUAAGCACAGUAAUACCAUAUUCUCAUUUCAACUAUUAUCUGUUUAUCAUUUUGAGUUUUCUUUGUAAAUCCUGUAGGAUUAUGGUUAGACCUAUCUUGAUGUGGGCAUGAUUGUAUUAAUAUGUACUUAAGCUCAUCAUUAAUCUGAGGUAGAUAAAUAAACAUAGGCCCUCAACGUCAUAAUAUUUUUAGUAGUAGUCAAAUUAAAUUCUAGCUUUAAGAUUAUAUUAUUCAACAUUUAGUCAUCAGUUCGACAAUGUGUUUAUUUUGAUCGAGGAUUAAUUCUGUUUUAUAUUGUUUAUGAAAUCCAUUAGAAGAAAAUUUAUCUUUUAUUUUACUGACAUUUUCAUUUACAGAUGAUAUAAAGGAAUAAGUAUUUAUGACCAGUGUGCUAGACUAGGAUGACACAGUUGCACCAGGGCAAAAUACAAUUUGAGAAAUAAUUUGAUAUAUUCUUUCCAUUUCUAUCUUGCCAGGAAUUUUAUGAGUCUCUUAAGUUUUGAAAGUUGUGCUAUUAGUACAUCACAGAGAGGGGAAAUUUAUCAAGACUAAAUUUUUGUUGAUUAUUUAUUAAUUUUGUUUCUUGUUAAUUAUUAAUUAUUCCAUAAGAGUUAAGACAUCCUCUAUAUUUUUAUGUGCAUAUUGUUUGGUACAUGUAUAUGACACCAUUCUACAUGCCACAUGUUUUGCUCAUAACCGGUCGAUCAUCUUCUUAAUUACAUCCACUAUGGAACUCUGAUGUAAGUCGGAGAGAGAAUAGUAAAUCUUCAAAGACUUCCACAGAUGCUAGAUUAUAAUGAAUGAAAUUACCAUGUAAAUAAGUGUUGAGGAAAUGUGCAAUUCAAAGAUGUUGAGAUCAAUUAUUUGUGCAUCAAUUAUUUGAUAUCAAAUUAACACUGAGGAGAAUUUAAAGGAUCUUAAUAUUGUUUUUACCAGCAGUUAACUUUCUUCAAUAUUUUUGGUUAUAUUUUUUUUAUCUUAUUAAAAUAAUCUAAAAUUGUUGACAAGAUAUCAUGGAAGGGGGGAUGCUCACUGGUUCCCAGGUUCACUAGUUCCUCCGCUAUAAUAAAUACUAUAAAUAUGAGUAUCAAAAAUCUUGGAAUGUAUGAUGUCUAAUUUGUAUCAUGUCGUAAUGUUGCCCUUCAUGAGGCGGCAACUUAACUUCACAAUCAGCCAUCAUACCUUCUGUUUUUUUUGAUACCCAUAUCUAUAGUAUUUUUAUAUAGCGGCGGAUUAGUGCACUUGUGGACUAGUAAACCCCUCUCCAUGGAAGAGUUACUCUGGUACCUAAUAUGAACAACAUGUACAGGUUUAUAUAUACAUUUGAUGUGUGUUUUCAUUAUGUACAUGUAUGCAAUACAUAUUUAUUUGGUUUAUCUUUUAAUGUAAGUAUUAUUUAAUAAUUAACAUAUUUGUUAGAGAUUAUGCUAUUUCUUUAUAAUUUCUACUCUCUGUUACAAUAUGUAUCUGUAUAAUUUGUGAAUACAUAAUAAAUUAUCAUAUCAAUUUAAAAA